AUGAAAAUCCCAAGUGUACAAUGUUAUUCUAUUCAGCGUUAUAAAUUCCACAAAGACUUCGAUGUUGCAGUUAUGACUAGUAACGAAAGCGACGUGGCUGCAGAUUUCUUCGACAUUGAUUCCUUAUUGGCACGUUCAACGAAAGUAAUGUGUACCUACAACAGCGAUACCCCUCGAGGUAGGCAGUUUCUUGACGAUUUUAAAUCGGUGUGUACUACUAUUCAAGUACUGUUUCAGAUGGCACUUCCAAUGGCCUACAAUUCUAAUGUUAGGAACGUUUUACUAGCAAACGCUGCACACGCUAAUUUAGACUCACUUCAACCAUACUACUACGAAAUGGGAAUGAGUCUCUGUCACUUAGUCAGUAGAAAUAUUGGCGGUGAAAUCGCCGAUUGUUUGUUGAAGACAAUUGUCCAGCGAAUUGGAAGUAAGACAAAUUCGGUAGCAACCAUUUGUGGUACUGAAAUCACCAGCAAAUCGGACAAUAUGGAGAAGAGACUGUACGAGGAAGGCAUGAAAUGUCGAAGUCGUCUACACGAAUAUUUCUCAGCUCAGCAAGUCAACAAAGGUCGGAAACGACGGCUUUGA